CCAGAACACACAAGAGAAGAAGACGGGAAGCGAAGAUGUAAACAAUGCAGGGACUUCCCUGAACUGGAUCAAACGGAACCACAGCCUGUUCUAAGCUGGAUCAGCUGGAUUCUAAUGAGUCGUUCAUGAUCUGGCUCAGCCGGACCAUCUGUUGUUCUGCUGCUGGGAUUCGGUUCGGACGCUGAUCCCCAGAUUUUGUUUUGUUUUGAAACGCGAUGGAAGAUAACAAGAUGGUGGCCGGAAAGGUGAAGAAGCCCGGAAAACGAGGCCGCAAGCCAGCAAAGAUCGAUCUGAAGGCCAAACUGGAGCGGAGCCGGCAGAGCGCCAGAGAGUGCCGAGCUCGGAAGAAGCUGCGGUACCAGUACCUGGAAGAGCUGGUUUCCAGUAAGGAGAGAGCCAUCUGCGCCCUGCGGGAGGAGCUGGAGAUGUAUAAACAGUGGUGCUCCGCCAUGGACCAGGGAAAGAUCCCCUCGGAGAUCAAGGCUCUUCUGACCGGAGACGAGCAGAAGAUUCCUCAGAGCGCCAGCAGCACCAAAGCGUCAAAGAACGGGAAGAACAGCAGCGCUCAGAGUUAAACCAUCAGCGGCGCUUGUCCUCCACCUUAAUUACUAAAAGCUUUCCGUGACCUUUCAGCACCUCUGUGAUCUGGAUGCAACCCGGAUCCCACCCAGCAGACCUAUUCCUCCAAACCAUUAGAAAUUUAACGUUCAUCAGAAGAACCUCCUUUCAUUCUUUCUUCACUGAUCUCAUCUCCUGUUUGUCUAUUGUGGCUGAAAUAUGGCUGAGGUCUGCUAUCUUCCAUCACCUAGUUGUUUCCAGGUCACAUGACCCGCUGACGGCUUCCCGCUGCUCAGAAAGGAUGUUUUGAUUUUUAUCUUCUCUCUAAAUGUCAGUGUUUCUGUUGUAGCGUGAUAGAUCCGAUGUUUCAGCUGGUUCUGGAUCACAUGGAGCCAUGUUUUAGCAGCUUCUGAAUCAGCCUGUUCUGAACCAGCUGGGAACGGAGGGAAUGAGAAUUGAUCACCUGCUUCUGCACCAAGGAUCAGAGAUAAUUGGUUUUGCAUUAAGUGAAACUUUGGAGAAUCGGGUUCUGGGUCAGCUGGGUUUGGAUCAGUGGAUUCUAGACUUGCUAAAGACCUGGAUUAGCGGUUCUGGGUCAGCCAGACGUUGUUCAGAUAGCUGGUUAUGGAUCGGAUUGCGACAAUAUUUUCUAGAUCCAAAUAAACUCUGUUUCUUGAUAGGCUGCUCUGGUUCAGCAAACCCUGAAUCGUCUAGAUUUGGAUCAAACAAAGAAUGUUUGUUUUUAAUUUUUUUUUCUAUACUAUUCACUUCUGGACCCAAUAGUUUUAGGUUAGCUGGUCCUGAACCAGUUCCGUGUGUCAUUAGAGCAGGAAACAUGUUCCACAAACAACUCCAGAUCCUUUUUGUUUUCUUCUCUUUGUCUUAAUGAUGUAAUAUUUCCUGAAUGUUGUCCACUUUCUUUGUUGUAGCAGAAGCACUUUGUGAAACCUAAAUAAACUUUGUAGCUCUUACCAAACUUUGUCAAAGCAAAUAAAACAGAAUCACUCUGAUGAAAA